AUGUCUUCUCCGCCAAUUAAUUGUCCUGAUUCAAGUCCAUCAACAUCAAUACCACCUUCCGAAUUAUAUCAUACUAGUGCUUGCGGUUCUAUUUUACAUAGUUUACCAACAAAGGUUCCAUCAGAAAUAUUUGCCUAUCUUCAACAUGGAAAAUUAGAUGCAUUUCGUCGAUCUCUAGACAUCUAUUACAAAGAUAUAGUUCAAAUAAAAAAUGAAAACGAACAAACUGUAUUACAUGUUUUAAGUAUACAUGUGUAUCCAUAUUCAUGGGUACGUUUAUUAAUAAUGUUUGAAUGUGAUCCAUGUUGUCAAGAUAGGGAUGGAUACACUGCUGCACAUUAUGCCGUCGAACGCGAUGAUAUUGAAAUGCUCAAAGCGUUAACAACUCGUUUUCAUUCUAAUGUAAAAGUAUUCUCCGAUGAACAGAAAAUAGCUAUACACGAACGUUGUUUAAAAGCAUUGUCACUACGGCAAACACAAGGUUUAACGGUAUUUAUGCUUGCUUGUUACAAUGAAUCGAUUAAAUGCCUGGAUUAUUUACUUGAACUUGAUAUUAAUGACGCACAUUUGCAAGAUAAUUUUGGCGAUACAUGUCUGCACUAUGCUGUUUGUCGUCGAAAUCGAAAUCUGGUAACGAAAUUAAUUAAUCAAUGCCAUGCAGAUGUUAAUGACGGAGUUAAAGAACGACCGAGUGUACUGGAUAUUUCACAAUUUAAUCGUGACCAACGAAAAGCAUUUGAAAGAAGUCAAGAUGAUUCAAUAGAACAAAUACUUUUGUCGAAUAACGCUUUAAGCCGUUGUCAACUACGACGUAUUGUCAAAAAACGUAAAAGAUCGCACGAUGAUACGCACGCUGUUUUACCGACUUUAACUAUUCGCAAUGGAAGUACAGUAACAGAUUCGCAAAUAGAAACAGCAAGAGACUACGCUCGAGUUGCAUUCUCAUUACAUAAUCAGCGUAAACUUAACGAUGCGAAAGAAUAUUAUAAACUUGCGAUGAAUUCUAUAUCGAAUGAUAUACUUGAUUGGGCGGAUUAUGCACUCAAGCUUGCUCUUAUACAUAAAAAUCUUGGCGAAAAUCAAUCAGCACUUGAUUUGUUAGAGCAAGCAUUUGUAGUGCGGAAACAAUUUGAAAAUGAAACAGAAGAUAUAGCGGAGAUUCAACGUGUCAUAGACAGUAUAAAAAAGUUGUCAUUGAUAUAG